GUCGUAGCGACCGGAACAACAAACAUGUACUCAAAGUUGUGUCAUUGACACCAUGGAGAAUAGAAUGGAAACCAUGAAAAAGAAAUAUGAGGAGGAUGAUGUCCAUCCUAAUAAACCAAAGAGGAGGCGAGUAAAAAACCUCAUUUCACAAAUCAAGAACCAGCUGGAAUUUUACUUCAGUGAUGCAAAUCUACGCAAAGAUAGAUUUCUGAAGCAGCACAUGGACAGCAAUGAAGAAGGCUUUGUUGAUGUAGAUGUACUUUUGCUCUUCAAUAAAUUGAAGUCACUAAGUGAAGACAGCAAAUUAAUUGUCAGAGCUGCCAUUGACUCAACGCUACUAAAAGUCAAUUUGGAAGGCAAUAAAAUUGGACGAAAGAAACCUUUGUCAGCACCAAAAUAUAACAUAGAUGAUUUAACAGUUUAUGCGGAAUGUCUUCCUUCUAACACCAGUCAUGAAUGGUUGAAGACCGUGUUUGAUGCUUAUGGAACGGUUACAUAUGUUAGUAUCCCUCGCUAUAAAACCACUGGUGACAUAAAAGGGUUUGCAUUUAUUGAGUUCUCUACUCCACAAGAGGCACAGCUGGCAUGUAAGAAACUUAACAAUCCACCGGAUGACGUAGCUGACCGCCCUGGAAGAUUCCCUAAAACUGUAGCCCGAAAAUUCAUCCCUGGUAUCACUGGUGAUAAGCAUCCUCAUCAGCAUGGUGACAUACAAAAGGAAAUUGAAGACGAUAGCAGAGUAAAGAAGAGAAGAAAGAGGAGUAAUGACAAUUCAAGUAGUGAUGAGAGUGACGCUAAAAAGAGAAAAAAAGAAAGUGAAGCAGUUCAAGGACCGUCAGAGAAAACAAAUGAGAACAUAGAAUUAGAUUUUGUGAAAGAUAAUGAUAGACAAGUGAAAGAGAAACCUGGGAAUAGAAAGGACACAGAUAAACAUGGAAAAGACAAGAAUAAACAUCGAAAGGAUGAAGAUAGGAAAGACAAGGAUAGAUAUGAGAAAGAUACUAAUAAAGAUGAUUCACAGAUAAAAAGUGAUGGAAAAGAUGGCAAUAAACGUAGAAAGGAGGAUAAACCUUCCAAAGAAACAGAUAGACACAAAACAGACAGGGAUACAUGUAUAAAAGAUGAGGAAAAGUUGUCAAGAAACCAAAGUGAUAAUAAUGAAGACAGUGGCAAGAAAGACAAGGAUGGACAUGGAAUAGUGGAGGAUAGUCAUGACAAAAAUAAAGAUAAACUUAGGGAGAGCAAGAAAAGUGAUGAACAAAAAAGAGAAAGAUUGACAAAAGAUAACACUGGUAUUUCAAAAAAACAACACAAACUUAAAACUCAAAAUUCAGAUGAGAGUGAAAGUGAUGAUAAUCCUGAUGAUUUGAGCAAACAAAAACACCAAGAAGGAAAGUCACAAGGCAUAAAAAGGAAACUCAAAGAUGAUGAUGAUAAUUAUAAAAAGAAAAGAAAACUGCAAUCUCAAGUUGUGGAGGUAAAAAAGAAACGCAAACGAAACAAAUUAAAGAAGAAGAAAGCGGAUCGAGUAAAGGAAAAGUCGAAAAUCACACCAAAGAUUCCUCAAAUGCGAGUCAUUCCUAAGAAAGAAUGGCUUGAGCUGAGAAAUGAAUACCUGCAGCUGCAGAAAGCUAACAUGUCACAGUUAAAGAAGGACAUGGCAGCUUUGAGAGGCAAGCAGUAUGAAAAGAAACGCAUUCCAAUUGAUCAGGAGAACCAAGAGAAAAUAACAGAAAUGCCUUUCACUGAAGGAGUUGUUGUGAAAGUUAAGAGCAGUAAGCCGAUAUCAUCAAAGAAAGUACUUAGGGAGCUAUUCGCUGCUAUAUCACCAGUGGCAUACAUUGACUUCAAAGAUGAAGACACAACUGGAUUUGUGAGGUUUCAAACUCAAGAGGGCGCUAAACUAGUUGUUGAACAGUUUUCCCCAGCUGGAAAAGAAGCCAAACUUUAUACAACUCUACUUAAAGGUGAUGAUGAAAAAAAAUACUGGGAGAAGAUAAACUUAGAUAGAAAUACCAAACUGAGUUCUGGCGGUAGUAAAAAGAAAAGAUGUAAAAAGAAAGGAAUUGAGAAGGUACUUGCUAAAGCUAGUAGACUUUCAACUUCACUACGUACUGGUACUGCCUCACAUAUACGCUUUCAGGAAGAUUAA